UGGGCAGAGACCUCUGGGAGUGCUAGCUCACUGAAGGAGUGCGCAGGCGCAGGCUUCGUGGCUCGCCAUCGUCGCCUUUGUCUGGAAGCGGCCUCUGGAGUUAUACACAGAUAAGGACACAGGAUGAAAGAUGUGUGAGUUAAGUCUCAGCUUUCUGUAAAGAGAUAGACUAAAAAACAAAUUCAGGAAAUCUAGAAAACAAUUAUUUCCCCGGGCACAGACAUUGGUUCUGCGAGAGUUCCCCUUAUAUAUGGGAUUCCGUUGAAGAGAAUUUGAACUGUGACUUUCCCACAUUCAUCAUUUAUGACCACGAGAGAAACUGUAAGAAAGAACCAUUGAUACAAAGACAGUUCUGUGUUUCAAUUCCUUGUAGCCACAUCUCAGGUCACUUAGGUAAAAAGUCUCAUAAUCUGGCUUCCCUGGACACUUAUGAAUUAAUACUGAAAAGAAAUCGUAUGUCCUUAGUGAAUGUGGCAAAGCUUUCGUCCAGUCCCAGUAGAUGCUAGGAGAGAGCCCCUGUGCAGAUCAGAAUGUUGGAAAGCCUUCAGCCUGAGUCACAUCUUCUGCAUGACGAACCUGAUCCUGGAGAGAACGUUUAUGAAUGUAAUGAAUGUAAGAAAACCUUCAGCUUGGAACAAAACUUUGUAGAACAUAAGAAAACGCACAGUGGAGAGAAGUCCUCUGAGUGUACAGGGUGUGGUGAAGAGCCCUUGCAAGCCUCCUCACUAACUCUACAUCUGAGAAGUCGCGCAAGGAGGGAAUCCUACAAGUGUGGGGAAUGUGGGAAGGCCUUCAGCCAGAGAGGAAACUUCCUUUCUCAUCAGAAACAACAUACCGAAGAGAGACCCAGUGAAUCUAAGAAAACUCCCGUUCCCAUGACAACCACCGUUAGAAAUCAGAGAAACACAGGGAAUAAACCAUACGCGUGUAAGGAGUGUGGGAAAGCCUUUAAUGGCAAAUCAUAUCUCAAAGAACAUGAGAAAAUUCACACCGGAGAGAAACCGUUUGAAUGUAAUCAGUGUGGAAGAGCCUUCAGCCAGAAGCAAUACCUCAUUAAACACCAGAACAUCCAUAGUGGGAAGAAACCUUUUAAGUGUAAUGAAUGUGGUAAGGCUUUUAGCCAGAAAGAAAACCUCAUUAUACACCAGAGAAUCCAUACUGGAGAGAAGCCUUAUGAAUGUAAAGGGUGUGGGAAAGCCUUCAUUCAGAAAUCAAGCCUCAUCAGACACCAGAGAAGUCACACUGGAGAGAAACCAUAUACAUGUAAGGAAUGUGGAAAAGCCUUCAGUGGCAAAUCAAAUCUGACUGAGCAUGAGAAAAUUCAUAUCGGAGAGAAACCCUAUAAGUGUAAUGAAUGUGGAACGAUUUUCAGGCAGAAACAAUACCUCAUCAAACAUCACAAUAUUCACACGGGUGAAAAGCCCUAUGAGUGCAAUAAGUGCGGGAAAGCCUUUUCUCGAAUUACGUCGCUCAUUGUCCAUGUGAGAAUUCACACAGGUGAUAAACCCUAUGAAUGUAAAAUCUGUGGGAAAGCCUUCUGUCAGAGUUCAUCUCUUACAGUGCACAUGAGGAGCCAUACGGGUGAGAAACCCUAUGGCUGCAAUGAAUGUGGGAAGGCCUUUUCUCAGUUCUCAACUCUUGCUUUACACAUGAGAAUCCACACCGGGGAAAAGCCUUAUCAGUGCAGUGAGUGUGGGAAGGCUUUCAGCCAGAAGUCCCAUCACAUUAGACACCAGAGAAUCCACAUUCAUUAAAACUCUUUGAAUGCCUUAGAUGAACGAACACUUGAGCCUCAGAGUGUAUGGUUAGUAGUGUAUCAAAGGAUUUGUCUUACACUAAGUUACACGCUUCUGUAGUGACUCAAACCUUAAAAUACAAAGCUAUUUAAUAGGAUAGAUCAAAGCAUUCUAUACUUCCCAGACUCCCACAAGAAACAUUAUUAGUAUUCUAAGUUUAGGAGUCCAGUGAUUCCAAUCAGAAUGGUCUUCUAAAGUAUAUCAACUAUAUUGAGAUAAUAUGAGCAAUAUAAAGGUUUGAAAUUAAGAGGCAAAAAUAUUUUUGAUAUACGCUUUGGUAUAUAGAUAAUUUGUAGAAAUCGUUUUUCAGAGAAGGCGUUUUGGGACAGAUCUCCCUAUGUACAUAGCCCAGGGUGACCUUAAACUCCCUAUGUAGCCCAACCUGGCCUCAAGUUUCUUCUGACUCACCCAUCUUGUCCAGUGUUGUAGUUCCAGACAUCUCCAGGCCAACUCAAGGUCUUUGUUAAGAUAAGAUUGUCUAAACUUGAGGUCAGAACAGAAUCUUGAAUCUAGAAACAUGAAUGAAUUCACAGAGCAUUGGUAAUUGAUUGUGGCAGUAUCCCAGGUCAGUGGGAAAAUCGUGGAUGACUGAAAAAAAUAAUCUCAGGAUAAUUAACUCUUUGCAUGGGAAAAUAAUAGCCCUCUGAUGUCAUCAUUGAUUUAGAAAUUACAGUGUCUGCACAAAGCAAAGCUUUGUAUAAGAAUUUUCUAGGGUAGUUUCUGAGACCCUGAAGUAGGAAACACAUUGUAGAUUCUGGAUUCCUCAGCUAUUUUUCUGGAGCAUUUAUACUUAUUCAAAGAGCUGGUAUGCUUAUGUAGGGCGUCAUGUACCAGUUGAUCUCUUCAUCACAGCGAAAAUGAUAGUAGCAAAAAAUGGGUUCAGAUGUUUGUUGCUUACAAAGUAGAUGAAGAAAAUAUAAUGGUCAUGCUGUAGAAUAUGCUAGCAGCUAAGCACAACACAUGAAUCUAUGCGUUAACAGCAAAAGAAAAAAAUCAUCAGAGUGAAGAAUUGAAAUGGUAGAUACGUUGUGAUUCCUGCGUAAAUUUGAGUAAAACCAACUUACCAACUCUAGUACUAAGCACCAUUUAUGGGAAACUCUUCUCUAAAACUAGAGCUGGGAGUGUAUGUAUGUGUUCAGUUCCCAAAACCUAGUUGUCGCUAUUAUAGUAUCAGUGGAGUUCCUUGGGAAGGAAGUUUUCACAAGGCAGGGUAAUUCAAUGCUACUUCAGCUUUAGUCUUCAUAGUUACAUAUCUACUUCCCAAUAGAGCAGUUCCAAACAAAUGUGACAGAUGGAUACUUGGCUCUAUGUUGUAGCAACAUGUAAUCUUUGUUAUCUUGCUUAGGUAGACAUGGAUGAGAUGUACACGAGAUGCAUAUUAUCACAACGGUCCCACUGUGCGUGUGUACAUCCCAAGGCCCCUCAUGGAUAUCUGAAGCCUUGUGUAGUAUUAACUCUCUAUAUCAGGUUUUCCUAUGUACAUACAUCCCUAGGCUGAUGUUUAUAAGCACCACAAGAGUCUUCACGUCAAAGAAUGACAGCUUCACUUCCACAUCAGUAUUCUUGGGCUUUGGAAUCAUUGUUAAUAAACGUUGCUGGGUAGUUUCUGCCCAUUGAUUGGACUCAGACUAAUAAAAUUUGGAAAAGUCCUGUCCUGA